AUGAAAAAAAAGAUUAAGUCUCGAAAGGUAAAAUCAUUAAUCGAAUCUGCUAUAGUGUAUGCCAUGGAUGCCUCAGAGGAUUUUAGGAAAGAAUUAAUUGCUUUGAAACUAGAAAAUGCUAAGCUGCGUAAAGAGUUGGACGAGAGCAGGGGGCUGGAGAAGGAGUUUCCGAUGUCUUUGGAAGAGUACAGACGCUAUGGUAGACAAAUGAUCGUUGAAGGAACAGGAGGUGUAGAAGGACAGGUGAAACUUAGAAAUGCCAGGAUUUUAGUGGUGGGUGCAGGUGGCCUAGGCUGCCCUGUUUUGCCCUAUUUAGCAGGCGCUGGUGUCGGGCAAAUUGGUAUAGUCGAUAACGAUGUUGUAGAUACGUCCAAUCUGCAUCGUCAGGUACUGCAUGAUUCUACGAAAGUAGGCAUGCUGAAGUGUGAAUCAGCCAAACAAGUUCUUAAUAAGCUGAAUCCCCAUGUCACAGUGGUGACGUAUCCUUUAAGACUCGACGGGAGUAAUGCAUUUGAAAUUUUCCAGGGAUAUGAUUACGUUCUGGAUUGCACAGAUACCCCCCUUGCUAGAUACUUGAUUUCUGAUGUUGCUGUUAAUUUGGGAAUGACUGUUGUUUCAGCGUCGGGACUAGGCACUGAGGGUCAGUUGACAAUACUGAAUUUUUGUAAUGUUGGCCCAUGUUACCGUUGUUUUUAUCCCAAACCUCCUUCUCCAAACGCAGUAUCAUCUUGUCAAGAGGGAGGAGUAAUUGGUCCAUGUAUCGGAUUAGUGGGAACGAUGAUGGCUGUUGAAACGUUGAAAUUAAUUCUUGGAAUUUAUACGGCAAAAAAUUUCCAGCCAUUUUUGAAAGCUUACUCAGGCUUUCCCGAUCAGACAUUGCGUACAUUCAAAAUGCGGGGUAGGCAAGACAGCUGUGAAUGCUCCGGAAAGAAUCCAACUGUUACCAGAGAAGCUAUUGAAUCAGGAGAAAUAAAUUAUAGUGUCUUCUGUGGCUCACGCGACUACAAUGUUUGUACGCCUGAAGAGAGAAUUACAGUAAAAAAUUAUGAAGAAAAGUAUCAUAAUGACAAACUUCGAGGUCAUAUACUUCUUGACGUGAGACCACAUCAUCACUAUGGUAUUUCUCAUGUACCUGAGAGCUAUAACCUGACCGUUAAAGAACUUAAAGAUAUGGAGGGUGAAUUGACAAAACUGAAGGACGAAAUUCCAGAUAUUGGCAUUGACAGUGAAGUAAUUGUUAUGUGUCGCUACGGUAAUGAUUCUCAACUUGCCACGAGACUUCUCAAAGAUAAGUUUGGAAUAAGCAAUGUCAAAGAUGUGAAGGGUGGCUUUUUCAAGUACAUAGACGAAAUCAAUCCCAGAUUACCAAAAUACUAA